AUGGAUCCAGCUGGACCUGCACGCAACACAUCAAAACAGCAACCUCUCAUUGAAGGUGACAAGAUGCCACCGCCAAAAGCCUCACUCGAUUCGCUCGCCACAGAGGAGCUCCUUACAAUAUGCGAGUUCAUUUACGAAAGUGGGUUCGUUAAGAGUCUUGCCAAGUUCUCCUUGACCAACAAAAAAUACCGCUCCGUGGCCAGUGCCAUCUUGGCGAGAACCGUCAAGUUCGCAGUCACCGGUCUCGACCAGUACCCCGGGUACUUGGAACAGGAUGUCACGCAGUGCUACAGAUCCCUGGACCGGGACAAUAAUUUUGCUCACGGGGACGGUUGGAAGCCUCGAAUCUCACCCGCGGAAAGGGUCGAUGACGAAACUAGAAUUGAUGGCUGGCUUCAAGAAUCUUACGACCCUGGCCACAACGGCGUAGAUUAUGGUUGGGACGAGUACACGAUGGCCAAAGUACCUAACGAGUUCUGGAAACCCCUCGCGAAACUCAUCGAGAGGCUUCCAAGACUGAAAGAGCUUCUCUACGCAUGCCCUAAUCAGUUCCCGCCAUGCCUGCUCGCCGCUUUGCACGAGCACCAUCCCAGUUGCAGGCUUCACCUGCGCAAUUUUCACUUGCAUAGCAUCAAAGACCGACACGGCCUUGCGGCCGUUCUGGACGCGGAAGAGACUGACCACGAGCUACGGCUGGCAAGCUCGCCAUGCCUGCACAGCAUCAGAUACUCGUACGCAAACAGCCACGGAGACUACGGACGAUUUAACAACAACGAAGAGCCAAACCCAAACAACAUACACAACUCCGCUGUGAUGCGAUAUGUGACUAGAAUGGCCCCUAAUCUGAAAAGGGUGCACUUGCGUCCCGUACCCGACGUACCCGACGAAAGCACGCAGUCUUUCCCUCCGGAGCCCUGGGAGGCUGUCAGCCAUCUCGACCUUCCUCAAUCGCUAGCGUCUCUAACAUCCAUCGAAAUGGAUCAAGGGUUCUACGUGUCAGACGAAGUGAUCAAAGUGUGGAGGGAAUCUACCGACAUGUCCGUUUUACGAGUCCUCAAGUUGAAGAUGUUGGAGGUGCCAGCGCUUCAAGAGCUCGCAAAGUGCAAUCUCACGUCCCUGGUGCACUUGAACAUAGCGUUACCAUAUGUCGACCGCCGCUCGUAUUGGAACGUCGUCGCGGACGCCCUGCGUAGAGUAUCCUCACACUUGGUGACACUCAAAAUAGGCGGCUUCAGUUCUGAAAUCGCUUUGGAUUCUGUUCUAGGCCCUUGUCUACGGACAUUGGAUCUGGCAACGUACAACUCUCGCGUCUUUCAAGAGAAGGAUAUUCUGGAAAUCGCCGCACGGAGUCCGCUUGUGGAGUGUCUUACCUUGCGCAUCCCCAGGCGCAAGGGAAAUGCGUCAGAGGUGGCGUCGUACCGAGCUCUGGGCAAGCUCAAGCGCCUGCGAGACCUGUCCAUCACACUUGUCGCUCGGCCACCUCCGAUUAGUCGCGCGACCCUGGAAUCAAUGGGUGUAGAAGACUAUGCCUACGGCGUGUUCGAGAGGGAGAUAUGGCGAGUGACGGCAAAUAAGGACCCGGGCUUUUCAACAGGCGCCCUGAAGACCGCCGUCAUUAACUCGGCAGUCGAUGCACGAUUGGUGCGCUCAAUCGUCGAAGUGAUCACAGCGGCCAAGCAGCGGAGUGGCGCGCUUUCUCUCGAACUUCUACAAGUUGACGUCACGGGGUACGACCAAAUCAAGUUGAGUAACAAAGACGACACUGGGACUGCUUUUGGAGAGUAUUGCUCACUCCUCGGUCUUCUAUGGAUUGCGUGGCGCUUUGUCAACUCGGACAAUAGGGCAGAAUACUUUGUGAUCCCUGGCCAGGAUGACAAGUACAUAUACCGACGUGACAAGGAUCCUAUAGAAGAAGUAGGAGGCAUUUUCCUGUGGAUUGUUGAGAUGGUCUGGCCGCGGGCGGGGCCUACUAAAGAUCUGGUCGGGAGAGCUUGGCAUAGCUUCCCAUUGGAAACCGACGACGCCAUUGAUUCGCCUCAGAGUCUGUAG